GAUUGCGAACUACCGGACAGAUUGCCAUCGGUCGCUUCUCGGAACUUGUGUCGUUUGCUUUGAGGAUCUCUGUGCUGUGUUCAAUCCCGUGCACUGUCCUUUCUCUCUCCCACUCUCACACCCCUCUCUCACUCUUCAUGCUGUCUAUCUCCUACCUGUACCCCUCAGCUCGGAGUCUCUCAGUUCCAGUGGCUCAGUCACAGCGCACAGUGCACGGAGCCCAAGAGUCCAACACCGAACCCAGCCGUUUUCAGUCCUGCACGAGGCAGCGAGAAGCCCAGCCCUGGAUUCAAUACUUUUAAUCAAUGGACAGAGCCCUCUCAACGGCCAACAGAGGUACCGACACGCCAUAAGCAGUCCAUAUCCUCUGGCUGGUGUUCCCCCUGUGGUGUGGAGGGGGAUGGAGCGAUGUGGAGGAGAGAGCCCUCAUUUGCGGGAGAGCCCAGAGCGACGCGGGAGCAGCAGUCCCGAUAUCGGUGGUCCCCCACAAAAAAUAGGCCGUCUGGAACUUAACGGCAGUCCCACUGGACACCGCAGUCGCCACAACGGGGCAAAUCAAAGACCUCUCGGAGGUCUGAUGAUUCCAGUCUUCUGUGUGGUGGAGCAGGUGGAUGGAGGGAUGAUAUCAGAAGGAGAAAGCCGUGAGGAACAUGCAGAGUUUGUGCUGGUCAGGAAAGACAUCCUUUUCACUCAGCUGGUUGAGACGGCACUUCUAGCCCUAGGCUACUCCCACAGUUCUGCAGCCCAGGCACAUGGCAUCAUUAAGGUAGGCCGUUGGAACCCGUUGCCCAUCCAUUGCCUGACAGACACUCCAGAGGCAACAGUCGCUGAUAUGUUGCUGGACGUUUAUCACAUGGUCACGCUCCGCAUCCAGCUACAGAGCUUUGCCAAGCUGGAGGACCUCCCAUCAGAGCAAUGGAACCACGCAACAGUGCGCAACGCCCUCAAAGAACUGCUGAAAGAGAUGAACCAGAGCACCUUGGCUAAAGAAUGUCCACUCUCCCAGAGUAUGAUCUCCUCUAUAGUGAAUAGUUCCUACUAUGUUAAUGUCUCAACUUCAAAGUGUCAAGAGUUUGGUCGCUGGUACAAGAAGUACAAAAAGAUUAAAGGGGAUUAUUUGUGGCAAGGCCGGGAGAGUUCUGAAAUCAAGGUUGAAAGAGACAGUCUAGCUGAUUUCUGUGUAUCAGCACAGCGUCCACCGCCUCACUUGGCUGGGCUUGUACAACUUGGUCCAUUUAACAGUGCUGGCUCUCUGUUGAAAGGCAGUUCUGGAGAACCUCAGAAUUCUGCCCAGUCUCAGCCUCCAACUCAAGGGCAGCCACAAACCCCAUCAUCUCACGGACAGCUCCAUCACAGUCCGCCGCUACGAGCACAGGUGCCUCCUCCACCUCCGCCUGCUGCCCUGCAACCUCUUCUGGCACCAGGGGGACUUCUCUCACCCCAAAUCAGCCCACAGCUGGUAAGACAGCAGUUAGCCAUGGCUCAUCUUAUCAACCAGCAGCUGGCCGUCAGCCGCCUGCUGCAUCAGCACCCGCAGGCUCUUAACCAGCAGUUUCUCAAUCACCCACCUAUACCUCGGCCUAGCAAGUCAGGUGGCCCUGGAGAGCCUGGAUCCAACCCCUCAGCAGCAGAAGUAUCCUUUGAUAUAUACCAGCAUGUGCGAGAUGAGCUGAAAAGGGCCAGUGUCUCACAGGCAGUGUUUGCUCGAGUUGCCUUCAACCGUACACAGGGCCUGUUGUCGGAGAUCUUGCGGAAAGAGGAGGACCCACGCUCAGCCUCUCAGUCCUUGCUGGUUAAUCUCAAAGCUAUGCAGAACUUUCUCAAUUUACCUGAGAGCGAGAGGGACCGCAUUUACCAGGAAGAGCGAGAACGCAGCAUGAACCCUCCUGUUGGUCUGCCCCCAAGCACAAACCCCAGUCCUGGGGGCCCCCGCCUCUCUCAGAAAGUGUGGGAGCGCAGUAUUGAUGAACAGUUAACCCCUGAUGCAUGGGCAUCUAUUUGGAAGAAUAAGACCAAAAUCACAAACUUGUCCAAGGCUUCUGGUCCUAACCCUGACCUUCCCCUGAAACUGGAGUCACUGGUUAACAUCACUUCAGGCAUCUAUGAUGAAAUCCAGCAGGAGAUGAAACGGGCAAAAGUGUCUCAGGCAUUGUUUGCCAAGGUUGCAGCCAACAAGAGCCAAGGAUGGCUGUGUGAGUUGCUUCGCUGGAAAGAGAGUCCCAGCCCGGAGAACCGGACUCUCUGGGAGAACCUUUGUACUAUCCGGAGGUUUUUGAGCCUACCACAGGGUGACAGGGACCUGGUGUAUGAGGAAGAGUCUCGCCAUCACCACAGCGAACGGCUGCACACUGUACUACACUUGCCCUCUGACCCUCAAGUACUUCACAGACAACCUCUGCAGCCACUGAAGGACCACUCUCCAAUCCGAGAAGACCCCGUGCCCAGUUCUGGAGCAGAAGAGAACCUUCAGGGUAGUGCAGGUUCAGGAAACAAUGGAGGGGUUAACAGUGUUACCAAGAAGCCUCGCUCUCGUACCAAGAUCUCACUUGAGGCUUUGGGCAUCUUACAGAGCUUUAUCCAAGAUGUGGGCCUCUACCCUGACCAAGAAGCAAUCCACACACUUUCAGCCCAGUUGGAUCUGCCCAAACACACCAUUGUGAAGUUCUUCCAGAACCAGCGCUAUCAUGUCAAGCAUCAUGGUCGGCUGAAGGAGCUGGGAGCUGAAGGCAGCGGAGUGGAUGUGGCCGAAUAUCAUGACGAAGAGCUGCUCUCCAGUUCAGAGGAUGCAGAGUCCAGUGAAGAUGGCCAUGAGGAGAUCUACAGCGGCCAUGACAGUGCAUCAGCUGGAGCAGCCAACUCUGCCUCAACUCCAGCUCCUUCUUCUGGCCAAGAUGAGAGUAAAGACAAAGUGCUGCCUCUGGGGACAGCCAGGUCCAACUCCCUGCCCCCAUGUGGUUCAUCCCCUAGUCCCCGAGAUCAAGUAGAAUAUCAGAGAUAAAAGAGCCUCAGCAGAGACAAUAGGUGGUGAAGGGUAGGAGUGAGCACUUACAACUAUUCUGUAGAGGAGGAGAGUGUGUAUCGGACAGUUUAGAACUUACUGACAAAGUGACACAGUGUUCUUUGAGGACCUGUAAACCAUACCAGACAAGAAUAUUUUUUAAGGUGGCACACAGUGUUGCUGUAGAAAAAUGAGGUGUGAGGAAUUAGUCAAGCGUGCCAGGAGUAGAUCACAAGUUACUAAUGAGAAUAAUAUGGUCCAAAAGAAGUCCCGAUAGAGUACUACAAGGAAAGAAUUUGGUUUGUUGGAAAACUAAAAUUUACUGUGAAGGCAGGGUAUUAAUAUCAAGUUUUAGGAAAGCAAUCAAACUAGCAUGCUAAGACUGUCAAGGUGGACAGUCUUUCAUUAAGUUCUUAAAGAAAAAGCAAGUUUUCAGAACAAGACACAAAAUUCUUCAUAAUCUGACAUGGAGACCAGAGGGUCUCUUUUACAAGAUACCACUAUCCAUGCUCCUCUUCACCUCUACAGGGUUUAAGACAGGGACAGAGCUUUAGAUGAGCCAUGGCUCUCCAUUAGGGCACCAAUAUCUUCACUCCUGCCUGAUCAGGGAGCUUAGUGGGUGGCUGUGGCUUUCUUCAACUUCCCCUCCAUGACGGGGCAUUCUGGCUGUCUCCAACUGGGGGCUGUGCUUGACUGCUAAAGUGGUUGGUUGGGUUGGAGGUACAGAUGAGAUCUUGGGUGUACACAUCAACCCAGCCUAUGAACCCUACUAUAAACACAUACAGUGUGCUGAAAUGUCCAUAGUUAACCCAAUAUUGCUUUUGAAGAUUGCACCAUCCCUCCCACAACAAGCCACAUCAUUCCAAGCAGUCCCACAUGGGUAAAGAAGUUAUUCCUUUUACCCCUCCACCUAAUGCACACCCAACACAGACUUCCGAUCUGUCACUCCAGUCCAAUGGUUGAGUGCUUGUUGUGCUCUCUCAGCACUUAAAAAGACAGCGAGAAUAAAACAGCAGGAGGACUGACUGCUAUGGACAGAGUAAAGGACAAUUUUGAAUUAACUGCAUCAGCCUACCUCUGACCUAGUGGAGAAACACGAACGAUUUCCAGCAACUGUCAACAAUCAUGCGCUUGUGUGGUAGUCCUUCUCUCUUCUGUCGCCUGGCAUUUCUUUCUCGUACUGACUGGUGCCCACAAUGUCCUGAUUUGACUGCACCUACCCACACCCAACUCCACAGCACUAUUUAUUGCUAUCUUCACCCACAAUUAUUAUUGUUGUUAUUGUUAUUAUUGUUGUUAUGGUUGUUCUUGCUGUUAUUUUUAGUUCCAUUUUCAUGGUCUAAUAUCAGUGUUUGGCUUGCAACAGUUAUUUUGAUCAUGAGAGACAUUGUGAAAGAAAGGAACACUGCCAAAACAGAGCAGAAAGAAUGAAAAGCAGUUACUGAAGUUACUGAGUGAAUAAUGUGAUAUAUGCUGCCAAUUCUAUUAACAUUACGUACUUUUCCAAAAAGAACAGCACUUGGCAGAUGAGCAGAAGAAUAUUAAAACAUGAGAAAAAAAUAGUGAUCAGUGGAAUUUAUAUGGUGUUUUUGUGCAAAAAAUGUCAAUUCUUCUAUUGAGUCAGUAAGAAUGCAGUAAGCAUGAACUCCAAAUUCUGAUUGAAACGAUAAUGAACAUAAUAUGACUUGAGGCAACAUGGCCACCUUUUGAAAAACAUCCAUGAAACCAUGGUAACACUUGGAUCCAGGGUUCUGAUUUUGCUUUUAAGAAUCAGCUGCUACCUGCUAUUUCACAGAUAAUAGAAAAAAUAGUCGUUAACUGAACUAUUUUUUAUUUCAAACAAGUGAUAACUGUGGUCUAUGUCCAUGUUUUGUCUAUUACAAAUGGAUAUAUUUUAUUUAGUCUUUAAUGUGCAAAAUGAUGUGGUUCUUUAAUUACUUUGAGCAUCCUGAAUCCUUCACACAAACAUUGUCCACAGAGUAUUACUUCAAAAGGGGUAUCCACAUACUAUUCUCAAAGAGUAAUAGAAGAUUGCAUCCCAAUUCAAUAAUAAACUCCUCACUCUGUUGUCAAUGGGGUUGUUUUGUAAGUAUAUAGUCUUAACAUGUUCUCCUCCAGAGCACAAAUCCUUUGUACAUGGAUAUUAAUUCUCUGGUGCUUAGCAGAGGCCAACCUGUGUGACUGUGGCCAGGCUGCCUCUCACUUCUAUUCAAUUAAAGGCCAGUGUAAAGUCUCAAGGACUGGAGCUCUCUAAUAAGGCAUGCAAGAGUGACUAAUUCACAUGAAAGUACUGGUGCUAUCAGAGCAGUCAAGCUGUCAUACAUAAGCCUGCUGCAUUUCAUACCCAGCAAGCAUUGACACCUAGCAAGCCUUAGACUAUUAUGCUGUUCUCUGCUGCUCACCACUCCAGAGAGAUUACAUUUUCCCCAUUCAUUUUCUGUCCAAUUCACCCAACUGCAUCGUCUUUUUUCUUAUGUCAAUAUCACCUCAAGUAUGCUACUUAACCUCUCCGCACUUAAGUUCUUACAUUUUCUGAUUCAUGAAAGUUUUCAUAUUUUCAAAAUGUUAGUCGGUACAAACAUGUCUUGAGUAAGACAUCUGAACAUUUUGUCUUCUUUCCGACAAACUAACAUGACUACAUUUUGAUAGAAGUAAAAUUAAAGAAGUAAUGAAAAAAAUUAUUAAUAUUUAAAUGAGCGAAAUUAACCUUAAAAAAAAUAACAAAUAAUAAAAAAAUAAAAAAUCUUUUAUUUAGAAAAGUUUCUUAGCUGCUUGCAUACAUUUUUUCAUAAAAUUGCUUAUUUCCAGCAGGUUUUUUUUUUUAUAUGGAUUUGCAUUUUAUUUUCUUGAUAAAAAAAAUAAAAAAAUAAUGCCCUCUAACGUGACAUUAAAUUGAAUAAGCUCUUUUAUUUAGAUUUCAAAAUUUAGUAUAGGCGUCAAUAAAUCAUGUUCAGUUGACGUUUAGUCAGUGGUAAAACCAUAAAUUAACACAUCGUGGGCAGGUGUGUAAACAAUACAAUGAAAAAAAAAAGCCCGCACACUGUCGUAUUUAGCUUUUUCAAUCUGUAAUAUCUUACAGCCUUUCGGUCAAAGACCUUCUUCAGGCAUCCUAUCAAUUUUUUUGAAGGGCAAGGCAAGGGAAGUAGGCUAUAUCACUGUACAGUCUUGGAUUUACUCGAGAAGUUUCUCCAAUGACGCUGCCAAUAUGCUCAACUGAACCAGAGAAGGUGGUGGACAUCCUCCUGUUGGCAUGAACUGAAUUUUUUUUACACUAAAGCUUCAUGUCAAACCAUUUUUAUUGAACUAUUGGACUAAUUCACAAAAUAACCUCUGAUUACAGCAAAUUACUGUAAGUUCCUCACUUUCUUUUUAGAUGCGAGUGUUUGCUAGGCCUAAAUCAAUAUUUUACGAUAUGAAUACACUCCAUUAAAAAAUUCCGAGUCUGAAGCCUUCCUUAUGUGGCAUUUUCAUGCGCGUGAAAUAAUUACUCACUAGAUUGCAGAUGAUAAUUGUGAAUGAACAUGCACGCGCAAUCUCUUUACAAAUGUUUGGAAUUCACUAACUUAGACAAGUUGUACUAACAAAUCUGUUGAGCACGAAGUGUUCAUGAAUCCAGCGGAAAGUUUUCGGGAAGGUCCUUUUUAUGCGCAAAUUACUCCAAAUGUACUCAUAUAUUUAUGAAAGUUUCAUGAAUGAGGCCCAAUGUCUUUCAUCUCAUCUUUCAUCUUUAUUUCAGCCUCGCUACAAAAUAUGUCUCUUUUCAUGUUUACUGAGGUGAUUUCACUCUGAAUGCUCCUUUUAUCAGUUAUUAAAAACCUGUAACGUUCAUUACAUUAAGCAUUACCCUAUCAUCUGGUUUGUGGCAGAUACUUGCAUACAUGUCGUAAGCAUAUUUUGCAGGCAAUGUUUACCUGCAAAAUGCUCUAUUUAUGCAUUACCUUUCUUAAUCGUUCAUCUCACUUUUCCAGAGAAAUCAGUGUAAAAUGCAACUAAAUGUGCCAAAUGUAACAAGCAGACCUCUUGUGUGAAAGCAACAUCAGACUCUAGCCUGAAGUUAGCAACUUAGAGUGGGCUGAGAGUGACCAUGUGUGACCAAGUGUGAAGAAUUUUUCUUCUAGAAUGUUUACAGGAUCAUUUAUUUUGGCCCAACAUUUUCAUAAUAUAUUGGGCACAUAGUUGAAGUUUUCUGAUUACAAAUGGUCGCAAAAAACACCUCAGUAGCUCUUUUUUGUUGUUUUAAAUGGAACAAAUUCGGGACGUUUCUUAUUUGACACAUGGUCUCUCGUUGCAGUUUAUAAUGGAUAAUGGACUCAGGAAAUGCUGGAUACCUGCGGAUUUAGCAAAAGGUCUUUAAUAACAUGGUAGUGAUUGCUUGCUUGAUCUACUCCUUACUUAAGGCUGUCAGUCAUCUGUCACUUUAUAAGGCCUGCCCCACCCCUUUCAUAACUCUCCAGGCAUCUGCCAAAUACAGAUCAGCUGGAGACAAGCACUUCUGAUGAGUCCAUCCUUGGACACCUCCCAAAUUACCCUCAUAAAUGAAGAGAGCGUGUACACACAUGUGUCUGUGUGUCCUAGACUGGUGUUUAACCUACCAUGGGGGUGGCAGCCCACUCAGCAUGAGUGAACAACAUGCACUUCUUCUCCUCCAUCGCCUCCUCCUCCCUGCCUUUGUCAGAGUUAGUGGAGAGAGAGGAGCUGAGAAGAAAACAAAGAAGAUUCCAAGAGUCCCUGAUGAGCACAAGGUCAAGGUCACUUCCCAAUUACCCAUGUCUUUCAUUUUCAUUCUGUAUUUUCAGUUCUCUAUACCAUCUCUCUGUUCCCUCAUUUUCUCAUUCACCAGGCGGGAAUGUAAUCGUUCUCUCCCAUGCUGUGGUGUCGAGGUUAAGUGGAGGUGAUCAUGUCUCCUUGUGGAAAGAGUAGUUCCUUGAGAGACAGCAGACUUCUGGAGUGUCAUGUCUGAGAAGUGGAGUUGCAGUUAAGACAAAGGCUUGGUUUGACUCUAGCAGCCCGAAUUUAGUCAUUUGCUCUGUACUUGAUCAUCUAUAAAGCCAUUAUACCAUUGGGAUGAUUUUCAAUGUUUUGGGUAGAAAAUUAAAAGCUGAAGGCCUCUCUGUAUAUGCUUUAUGAACACUUUCACAUUAUUUAAACAUGUAUACAAACAAUUAGAUAUAAAUUAUAUCAAAUUUGACCCUCUUAGCAUUAAAAAUGAAUGACUUGGAAAUUAAAUGUACAUGUACACAAGAAAAAGAUAAAACAUGACAGAAUCACCUACUGUAAGCAGCCUGCUUUAAUCACAUUUUCAUUACCCCACACAUUUCUGAAGAAGGAUAUUCUUGCUCUUCUAGAUAAUACUUCCAUUUAUCUUACAGUGCCUCUGAACUAAGCACAAUGCUCCUGUUCUUUGAUUUGGAGAUGACAAAAUUUGAUGAUCUCGUAAUUUUCAUCAUUGUUUUCAUCAUUUUUGUACUCAUAAAUGCCUACAAUGUGAAUCAGGGUUGCCACUCCUGAAUUGGUACUUUCCUUGUCAAUUGAAUGCAUUGUCAUUAUCACUAAGUGAUAAUUAACUUAUGUGCAUCAUUUGACUCCUUUAUUUGUAUGACAAUGUUUUGUUUUGUUUUUUUAUUUUGUUUUUAAAAUGCUGUUGUUUAAAUAAAGUGCAUUCAAGGA